AUGGAAAUUACAGACGUAUCAAUGACAACCGUAACCAUGGCUGCUAGAAGUGCAACGAAGAAGGUGAUAAACUCACCGGAAACGUGUGUGGACGACAACUUGCGCGGCGUUGUCGCCGUGUAUCCCGCUUUGCGUUUGCACCCGAAACACCGAGUGAUCACUUUGAGGGCUAAGACCGAUUCCGGCAGAGUGGCAAUCCUUGGCGGUGGCGGCUCUGGACACGAACCAUUCGCCGGUGGUCUGGUGGGUCGUGGAAUGAUUGACGGGGCGGUGGCGGGGGGGAUUUUUGCAUCCCCUCCAACUGGCCACGUGCUGUACGGGAUUGCACAGCUGUACAAAUAUAAUUCGGGUGGAGUGCUAGUUAUCAUCGGAAACUACACUGGUGACCGGCUCAACUUUGGGAAGGCCAUCGAAAAAGCUAAAAUUGCCGGCAUCAAGGUGGAAGGUCUAAUAGUAGGCGAGGACGUGGCGUCCAGUCAUAACAAGACCGGAGGUAGGAGCAUGGUUGGAGAGGUUAUAUUUUACAAGCUUUGCGGGGCGAUGGCGCUGAAGGGCUACGAUCUGGCUACAAUUAAAAGCAAUGCAGCUGAAGCCAACAAGUACAUGGCGACACUGGGGGUGUGUUUGAGCGCGUGCUCCUUGCCAGGCCAGCCUGCUUUAUUUGAGAUCGCCGACGAUGAGAUGGAGCUAGGGGCAGGGGUGCACGGAGAGGCCGGCAUUAAAAAGAUGAAACUGGGCACUGCCAAGGAGGUCGUGAAGAUCAUACUCGAUCAAAUACUGGAUCACCUGAAAUUGAAAGCUGGCGAUAGGGUGGCGGUGACAGUCGACAAUCUGGGCGGCACUUCAUACCUGGAGAUGAACAUCGUCAGCGCCGAAGCUAAGGACUACUUCGAAUCCAGAGGGAUACGAGUGGAGCGGGUUUUCGCGGGUCAUUUGAAGACAUCCCUCGAGAUGCACGCCUUCCAAAUUUGCGUGCUACAUUUGAACAAGACUCACGGUGACAUGUGGCUGGAGUUGCUGGACGCGCCCACCGGCGCUUUGGGAUGGACGGGCGGUGAGGCCUCGAAGAGGGGCGAAGACGUCCAUGGGGAUGACGAGACCUUGCUUCAGACUGAUGGACUGAAGCUUACGUCGGGACCAUCUCUGACAAUCGAGCAACAGGAUAUCCUUCGCGGCUGCCUUACUGCCGCUGCCAACCAGCUGGUGCGAAGCGAGGAUCUUCUAAACAAACUGGAUUCAGCUAUACUAUCAUACUUGGAGACGGCGUCCCUGGAGUACCCCUCCAAUGUAUUGUGGCAGCUAUCAGAGAUAGCUGAGACUGACAUGGGCGGGACAUCUGGUGGGAUCUACAGUCUUGGAUUGUCAGCCGCUUCACAGGCACUUGCCAGUGCAACAACUAACGAACCUUCAGCCUGGUUGUCCGCCUGGGAGAGGGGUAUGCAGGCCAUCACUAAAUAUGGAGGGGCGGAGGCCGGGGACAGGACGAUGCUGGACACGCUGCACACGGCCGCCGCGACCUUCCGGUCGAAUCUUAACCAGGAUUUAGGCGACCUGAUGAGGAAGACUUCUUCCUCCGCCGAAGCUGGAUGCAGAGCAACCGCCGCCAUGACGGCCAAGGCUGGGCGUGCCUCUUACGUGGCGAGCGGCUACGUUCACGACGAAGACGCGGGAGCGCGCGCCGCUGCCAUCUGGUUGCAAGCUGUUCUCGACUUUAUUGCAGAAGUUUGUAAAGUU